AUGUUCUGGCGAUUCGGGGGGUACGCUAAUAUCUCCGCCAUCGACACUCUACUCGAUAAGCCCGAUGUCAGCCUCGAGGAGCUAUUGGACGAGCCGGAGCUCAUUUCCGAAUUGAAACAACAUAAUACGAAACUCAUAGAAUAUUUACGAGAGGACCAUAUACUGAAGAAACUGUUGGAAUAUGUGGUCGCUCCGCCUUUAAUUAAUGACGAUGAUAAUGACGAUCACGACGAUGAUGACACGAAGACAAAGUCUGAUGAAAAGGUCGGCGGUGCAGAUGAUACCAAAAAGGAUGAGGACAUUCUUGAACCGGAGGAUCUGGAAAGGGCCGAUAAGCAGCGUUCCAAGUUCGCGUACAUGGCUUGCGAGAUUCUGUCUUCUGAGACCUGGUCUAUUCUGGAGUCAAUAAUGCUCAAUGAAGCGUAUCUGCGAGAGUUUUGGGGCUUUAUGAAACGACCAGCGCCUUUGGACUCGGCUCAGGCCGGCUACUUUACCAAGGUGAACGAGGUUUUGUUCGAUAAAAAGACGGAAGAAAUGUUGGAGUUUUUCAAGUCCUUGAAAGGCAUUGUUCCUGCUAUACUGCAACAUGUGGACAAUCCUAUGGUGAUGGAUCUACUUUUGAAGAUUAUUAGCCUGGAAAAGGUGGAGGGUGGGCAAGGCAUUGUCGACUGGUUGAAAGACGAGAAUCUUAUUCCCAUCCUGUUGUCUUACAUCUCAUCCGAACACUCAUCUUCCAUGCAAACGUCAGCCGGAGAUUUCUUGAAAGCAAUCAUCACCAUCUCAGCAAACGCAACCCAGAACGAGCAGUCCUGUAUUGGGCCCAACAGUCUGACCAGGCAACUUGUCUCGGCUCCGUGUAUUGAGCAACUUAUCGGAUUCAUGCUCCAGGGAGGAAACUCGCUUACUGUGGGUGUCGGUAUUGUCAUUGAAGUCAUUCGCAAGAAUAAUUCCGACUACGAUGAGAACAUUGGCGGUCCAGAUGCUCGGCCAAGCAUAUAUGACCCGAUUUACCUGGGAACUCUGCUUCGACAAUUCUCAACGCAUAUUCCUGAUUUCAUGGCAUUGAUUCUUAGUUCAAAACACACGGUCGUUGAGAAUGGGCAAUUGAAGAUCAAGGACCGUGGGCAGCUCAAUUCCGCUUGGGGCCAUAAGAUCGAGCCUCUUGGUUUUGAUCGCUUCAAGACCUGUGAAUUGAUGGCGGAGCUUCUUCACUGCAGCAACAUGGGAUUGCUAAACGAGGUCGGCAGCGAGGAUUACAUCCGACAGCGGGACAUUGACCGGGAGAACUUGCGGGCCCAGGGUGCGUUCGAUUUGAAUAGGAAAGACGUUUCUGGUAUGGCUUACAGUGAAAAUGCUGGAGAGUCAGAACAAGAACAAGCCUUCAGAGCUGAAGCCCAGUCUGCAACAAUAGAAAACGCCAACGCCAGCGAUGACGACGGAUUUGAAGACGUUGGUUCUUCGAAAGACCUCGGUCCGGAGAUCAAGUCAGACUCGGCGGAGCAACGUCAAGCUGAGAAAGCCGAAGUUCAUGCGCAAAGUGCAGGCCUUCAUAUCGAAGACAGCAUCGUCGAAGAAACUUUGAAGCAUUCCAACAAGAUUGAGACUCCUGGUCUUGCCCCUGCUGAGUCUUCGAUUGAUCCUAUUUCGCCCACCACAUCCGGUCUUACAGACAGUGUCAAUGAAAUUACAUUGAACAAGGAUGAGCAGGGCUCCUCUAUAGAAAAGUCAAUGGAUCAGGCCAAUCGGUCGGCAGAGCCUCAUUCUGAAGAUGUCCCUGCUUCCACAACACAAUCAGAGCCGCAAAGCGCAGAAACGAGACCAGAAGAGCCCGCUAGUACAAUUGAGGAGAGACAGUCGAAUGAAUCUCAAGCUACGCACAUUGAGGAUGAAUUUGCACCUCAGAUUCAAUAUGACCAUUCCGGCCAGCCUGUUGUUGGUGACUUUUUGAAGAUUCAAUUUGUGGAACACAAAGUCGUUCCGACUAUCUUGGACUUCUUCUUCCGCUUCCCCUGGAACAACUUUUUACAUAAUGUGGUGUAUGAUGUCGUCCAACAAGUCUUCAACGGAUCAAUGGAUCGAGGUUACAAUCGAUGCCUUGCUAUCGACCUUUUUAAUGCUGGACGCAUCACAGAGAAGAUCGUUGAAGGUCAAAAGCGCAGCGACGAGGCCCAAGCCACAAAGAAUACCAGACUCGGUUACAUGGGUCAUUUGACUCUGAUAGCAGAAGAGGUUGUCAAAUUCACUGAGCGUCAUCCCGCUGAAGUUCUCUCACAAAGUGUCAUGGACAAGGUGUUGCAUCCCGACUGGGUCGAUUACGUUGAGCAAACUCUAUCAGAAACUCGUGAACGAGACAACGCUAUUCUAGGAGGCACCCGGCCUGAUCUGAUGGGCCAUCGUCAGGCUGUCAUGAACGCUGUACAAGGCUUUACCGGCUCAAAUGCUCUCGCCAACGUCGGACUUAAUGGAGGAAACGGCGGCUCUAGUUUUGAAAAUUUUGACUCAAUGACGCAUGGUAGCGCAUCUAGUGGCGCAUUCGGUCUAGGAGGUAGUAACUCGCUUCUCAGCGGCUUUGGAAGCUCCAGCGACGAUGAAGACGAGGAGAUGGAAGAUCAAGACGACGAUGACACAAGAGGAUUUCCAGACAACCUCGCAGAAAGCGGAUUAGAAAAUGAACCCGCAUCUUCGUCAACUAGCCAGCCUAUCCCCAUCCUGGCUCCCCCACCUGCCCCUCUGAAUAUCGUCCCAUCACGGGCACGUCGCCAGUUGGCUGCCCGACUAGCUCUUCACAAACAGCAGGCCGAUGCUGCUGCCGAGAAUUUAAAUGACCAGUCUAAUGCAGACGAAUCGCACCACAAUGGACAGUGGCAAUCGAAUCCGUUUAUCAUUGCCGAUCUCGAAGAUGACACCCAUGACCUAGGGUCUGCCGAAUUUUCGGCCAUGGAUGAGAUUGACCAACCAUCUUCGCCAACUUUCCAUACUGGUUUCACGCCCCCUGGCUCGCCAUCCACUAAUUCUUCCGACGACACAACCGGCGAACCCAGAGAAACAGUAAGACGCAAAGUCCGAAUACCUUUAGAGGUAGAAGACGACGACGAUGAAAUGGGAGAAAUGGUCGGACCCAGCUCUGGUUCUGGCUCCGGCAUGAUGGAUUCAGACGAAGAAGAAGAAGAAGCUAUCAUCAACGAGUCACUCGGCUACUCGAACUUGUUCGGGGCUGGUAGAUACGGCGGCUUCAGUCGCGCAUAUGGCAGAAACGGACAAUCUUCAUUUGAUGACGAUGACGAUGAUAAUGAUAGCAGCGAUGGUGAGGACGGACUUGUUGAGAUCUUGGUCCCGGGCCGCAAAUCAUUUUCCUCCAACUAA